GUGCUUUUUUGUUGGUUUCGCAGGCUCGCGGUCGCGGUCCUGGGCGGCAGGGGGGGCUGCCUCGGCCGCCGCGUUUGGCGACAGCUGCCCUUGCAACCGUAAGCGGCUGCCGCCGCGCGCGCGAGCGAGGAGGCAGCGUCGCCGGGGCCAGUUGGCCACCGGGCGCACCGCACGACCAACCGUCUGGCCAGCUGUCCACCGUCGCUUUCCGGGCCGCAGCGCUUGCGACGAUGGACACCAGCCCAGAAGCGCGCUGGACCGAGGUCCGCCUCAUUGGGCGGGGCGCGCAGGGCUCCGUGCACCUCGUGCGCCACAAUUCGACACAACAGCUGUGUGUACGAAAACGCGUAGCGACGGAGAAUUUGUCCAAGAGAGACAGGGAUGCAGCUCAUAGGGAGUGCCAGCUCCUCAAGACGCUGGACCACCCUCGCAUCGUGAAAUUCGUCGAGAGCUUCGAGGGCCGCCUCGAGGACGAUGCAAGAUGCUUGCACCUGGUCAUGGAGUGGUGCCCGCAAGGCGACCUCGCGUACCACAUCAACGAGGCCAAGUCGACGUCCAGAAAGUUCCCAGAACAACAGAUUUCGCGUUGGUUUGCGCAAAUGGGCGACGCGCUGGCGUACUUGCACUCGCGACGGGUCUUGCACCGCGACCUCAAGUCGACGAACGUCUUCGUGGACGCGGAGAUGAACCUGAAAUUGGGCGAUUUGGGCAUUGCGAAGAUCCUGGAGUCUACAUUGGCAAGGGCCUCUACGGUAGUCGGAACGCCAAAUUACUUGAGUCCAGAGUUGUGUGAGAACAAACCUUAUGGACCGGCCUCCGACGUCUGGGCGUUAGGGUGUGUCUUGUACGAGCUAUGCGCCUUAAAAAGGCCCUUUGAUGCUUCCAACUUGUUCGGGAUCGUCUAUUCUGUUGUGAAGGGCGACGCUGAUCUCGAGGCGGUGUCUACUGAUGAAGAGAACUGGUUGCGAUUACUGGUAAAGAGGUUGCUGACGAAGGACGCGGAGCAGCGACCGACGAUCGCGCAGGUCCUCAAAGACACUCAUAACUUACAAGAGCACGUCCUGUGCCAGGGGCCGGUCGUAAGUCCAGACCAGUACGAUGAUGAUUUUGAGGUCUACAACGGCCAGCCUUCCGUGACGCCGACGCAUGCUACGACGAAGAAGCAGACGUCGCCGUUUUCGGGCGGGCGCUACGCCGGCAUGCCGAAUGCGCGCGAGAGUCCACCUUUGGAAACGAGGUAUCUGGAGCCCCGACGGCCGGCGGAGGUCGUCAUUGAAAGACUGAAGACGCCGCUGCUGGAGGCGCCGCCGCCCGUGCCGCCGUCGCCGGUCGAGCCCGCGCCUCCGGUAAAGCAGCCUAAACCGCGCCGCGACGUCGCGCGGCCGACGGCGGCGUCGGCCGCGCGCGCGACGCCGUCGCCCUCCCUCGAGCGGCGGAGCGGCUCGCCGCCGACCGUCCCGAAGGUCCGGCGGACCGCGACGCCCUCGCCGCCGAUCAUUGCGCGCAAGCACACCACACCGUUAAGUGGCGCGAGGCACCGGCCGCGGCCGCGCAAGCAGAAGGCCGAAAGUCCUUUGGCCAAGUUUAGGGCAAGGGCGCACGAGUCGUUCCUGGGCGCGGGCGCGAAGCCGCCGCGCGCGCCGCCGCCGCCGCCUUCCGGUCAACCGUUGGUCACGCGCGCGCGGUCCGAGCCGGCGCUCUUCGCCGUGCCCAAGAAAAAGAGCACCGCGAUGUCGGUCGGGACGUUUCAUCAACUGGUCGCGCCGGGCCAGUCGUACGACCCGCCGCCCCCACCAGGACCGCCGCCGCCGACGCCGCCGCCGCCACUAGACCCCGCAGAUAGGGUCGAGAACGAGCGCACGCGGCAGCUGCGGCGGCGUUUGGGCGACGCGGCCUACGAGCGCGUCUACGCGAUCUGCCGGCGGGCCCACGAGCGCUGCACGGCCGUGCGGAAGCGCGACCUUUUUGAAGUGGUUGCCCAAAACGACUACGACGCGUGCCUGGCCGUCGAGCAGCUGGUCUUCGCGGACAUCGUCCGGUCGACGUCGUCGCGGCAGCGCGCGGCGACGCUCGAGUGAGUCUUGUCUUUAACUUUAAAAUUCAUCAUCCAAUUAUAAACAAGCGGCGGGGCGAGUGAGUCGCCUCCUGCCGUC